AAUGGCCGGGAACUUCAAGAAGGAAAUAAAGAUGGAGAAUGUUGAGAUUAAAGGAAAGAUUCAGGAAGAAAUUCUUCCCUCCUCUACUGUUGAGAAUACAUGUACUGUAGAGGAUUUGUGUACUGUUUAUAUAAAAGAAGAAGAUACAAAGAUGGAAACUCAAGAAAGAAUGGAGGAGAUAAAGAUGGAAAGUGUUGAAAUAAAAGAAGAAAUUCAAGAAGAUAUCACCUCAUCCUCUACUGAAGAGGAUACAGAGGAUACAAAUAUUGUCUAUAUUAAGGAAGAAGAUGUAAAGAUUGAAAUCACUGAAAAUCAAGAUGAAAUCUUAGAGGAUCCAUUGCAACCCAAGUCUAAGGUAAAAAGUCAAAGGAAAGCAGAAGAAGGGAGAUAUCCAUGUGAUAAAUGUGAGUUUAGGGCGCCUCAUCCAUGUAAACUUAAGUUGCAUAUUGAGAUCAAACAUGAGGGAUUGAGGUACCCAUGUAAACAUUGUGAUUAUUCUACAACUUCGGCAAGCUAUCUUCGAGUACAUAUUAGGAGUAAACAUGAAGGAGUGAGUUAUACUUGUAAUCAAUGCAAGUACACUGCAUCUAGAGCAAGUAUUCUAAGAAUUCAUAUUGAGAGUAAGCAUGAAGGAGUGAGAUAUCCUUGUGAUAAAUGUGAAUACGCUGCAACUAGAGCAGGAGAUCUUAAAGUUCAUAUUAAGAGUGUACACGAAGGACUAAAAUAUCCAUGUGAUAGAUGUGGAUUCACUUCAACCAGAGAAAGUCAUCUCAAAUCACAUAUUGAGGCAAAACAUGAAGGAGUCAGAUUUCUUUGUAAUAAAUGUGAAUACUCUACUUCUACAGAACGAAAUCUUAGAGUACAUAUUGAGAGUAAACACGAAGGAGUAACAUAUCCCUGUGAUAAAUGUGAAUUCACUACAACUAGGAAAAAUCAUCUUAAAUCACACAUUGAGAGCAAGCACGAAGGAGUAAGAUAUACAUGUGAUAAGUGUGAAUACUCUGCAGCUAGAGCAUAUCAGUUAAAACAACACAUUAAGAGUAAACACGCAGGAGUAAGAUAUCCUUGUGAUAAAUGUGAACAUAGGUCAAGUAAUAACAGUGAUCUCAAGAAGCACAUUCGUAAAAAACACGGAGGAAUAGGUUGAAUUAAUUAAUCUCGAGAAAAUAAAAUUACGUGUAUAUUAUGCAUGUAAUUUCAGAAAUCUCAUUUAAAAUUCGGAUGGUGAUGGACCAAACCUCUGUAGAGUAAAAAAGUAGAUGUUAGUUCCACAUUUAUUGAAAAUAUAUUUCGG